AUGAUAUUGCACUCGUUGCUCUUAGUCUCUGCCCUCGCAGGCUCUUCGCUUGCCUUUUCUGGCCAUCACAGCUUCACCAACUCGACCACCCCCUCUCACCAUCCGUCCACUCAUACACUGCUUCCCACGGGCGGAGGAGGGGGUAAGCCUACUCACACCGGUGGCACUGGCACUGGCACUGGUCAUCCGCAGCCUACAACGACCGUCGUCCCUGGCGGCGACUCUGGCUCCGUCUCAACCGUGACCGAGACCAUCACCAAGACGACCUUCAAGCCAUGCUCGACUCCUAUCCACACCCAGAGCGGCACCACCUACUACAGCACCUGGUUGACGACGUCUACCUACGAGACAACCACGUGCUACACGACCCAUAUCCCCACAACGAUCCCAGCGUCCCCCCAGACAACAACCGUCACCCUGCCCGGUCCAGGAAACAGCUGUCCCCCUCCAUCCACAGUCACGGUAACCGUCACGGUAAGCAGCGGCGGGGAUACAGGACCGCACACUCAGGCACCAGCACCCGGUGGAGACAGCGGAAGUGGUCCUAAUCCUGGUACUGGCACUGGUACUGGCUCCGGACCCUGCAAGCACUGCGAGACCAUCACCUACACCAACACCUACGGCUACACGACCACUAUCGUGAUCCCCCCGAUUUCUGAACCCACGAGCAGUGCUACCACGCGCACCACGGGAACCGGAACAACUACUACCAAGCCUACGCCCCCUGUGGGAACGGGCACGGCUCCCGGUCACAGUCAUACUCGGGGAUCACCAACUGGGACCGGGGUUGGACAGGCUCCUACUGAGACGAAGACGUGGCAUUUUGAGAGGAGAAUAGUGCGGGUGUAG